AUGAGUGUUCUCCCGGAAACCACUCAAGAAAAAACUCUCCCAGAUGCCUGGGAUUACACCGGCAAGCCCGCCAUCAAGGCCAAAACCGGUGGCUGGGUCGCCGCUGCCAUGAUUCUAGGACCGGAGGCGGUGGAGAGGCUUACGACGCUGGGGAUUGCAGUGAAUUUGGUAACAUAUUUGACGGAAACAAUGCAUCUGGGAAAUGCAACUGCAGCCAACAAUGUCACCAACUUCCUCGGAACUUCCUUCAUGUUAUGUCUGUUUGGUGGUUUUGUCGCCGACACUUUUCUCGGCCGGUAUCUGACGAUUUCUAUUUUUGCAACCGUUCAAGCAACAGGUGUAACUCUCUUAACAAUCUCCACCAUAAUUCCAAGUCUCCGACCUCCAAAGUGUUCGCCGGGGUUCUCAACCACCCCAUGCAUUCAGGCAGACAGCAAGCAGCUGGCCAUUCUCCACACAGCCCUAUACUUGACCGCGCUCGGCACCGGUGGCCUAAAAUCGAGUGUAUCAGGCUUUGGUUCUGAUCAAUUCGACGACAUGGACAAAGAGGAGAGAAUAAAAAUGUCCAACUUCUUCAACUGGUUCUUCUUUAUAAUUAGCAUUGGGUCGCUUGGAGCUGUGACAAUUCUUGUUUACAUUCAAGACAACUGGGGCAGGCAAUGGGGAUAUGGGAUAUGUGCCUGUGCCAUUGUGUUGGGAUUGGUUGUCUUCUUGUUGGGUACUCGUCGAUACCGGUUCAAGAAAUUGGUCGGUAGCCCGUUGACGCAGAUCGCUGCCGUGCUUUUUGCGGCAUGGAAGAAGAGGAAGUUGGAUUUACCCUCUGAUCCAUUGUCGUUGUAUCAAAUUGAAGAUGCAGUCGAUGGAUCUGGGAAGAAGAAGCAAAAGCUACCCCGCACCAAGCAAUUCAGGUUUCUGGACAAGGCAGCAAUUAAGGAUGACGAGAUAGUUGGCGAUGUAGUAAACAAGUGGAAAGUAUCAACCCUAACAGACAUUGAGGAAGUAAAAUUAGUGCUUAGGAUGUUACCCAUUUGGGCAACCACCAUAAUAUUUUGGACAGUCUAUGCCCAAAUGACAACAUUUUCUGUGUCACAAGCCACCACAAUGAACCGACGCCUGGGAAAAUCCUUCGAAAUUCCGGCAGCCUCCCUCACCGUCUUCUUUGUUGCCAGCAUUCUCUUAACGGUCCCGAUCUACGACCGAUUCAUCGUCCCAAUAGCAUCGAGAAUUUUGAAGAACCCACAAGGCCUAAGCCCGCUACAACGCGUGGGGGUCGGCCUGGUUCUAUCGAUAAUUGCCAUGAUCGCCGCCGCACUGACCGAAAUAAAACGAUUGAGGGUGGUAGAGGAAAACGGGUUGACGUACAAGCCAACAGCAGAGGUGCCAUUGAGCGUGUUUUGGUUGGCUCCCCAGUUUUUAUUAGUAGGAUCAGGCGAGGCCUUUACGUACAUGGGACAAUUGGAUUUUUUCUUAAGAGAAUGCCCUAAAGGGAUGAAGACAAUGAGCACAGGGUUGUUUUUGAGCACACUUGCUUUAGGGUUUUUCUUUAGCUCAUUGCUAGUUACAAUUGUGGGAAAAGUGACUGAACAUGGGAAGCCAUGGAUACCAGACAAUCUCAAUGAAGGGAAGCUUUAUGAUUUCUAUUGGCUAUUGGCAAUUUUAAGUGUGUUGAAUUUGAUGGUGUUUUUGGUUUGUUCUAAGUGGUAUGUGUAUAAGGAAAAGAGGUUGGCUGAUGAAGGGAUCGAAUUGGAGGACUGUGGACCAAUUGGCCAUUGA